AUGGCACGUCUGGGCCUCCAUGUAUUCCUCGUCCUAUGCUUCUCUUUGCUCCACUCCGGCUCCGGACGCCCAUCCCGCAUAAGGAAGUCCCCUCGAGCAACUGAAGAUGAUGAUGUGAAGGGCCAGCUUGAGAAGUUGUGGCGGGAGGUGAAUUUACUGAAAGAGAUGCAGGCCUUGCAAACAGUGUGCCUCCGUGGCAUCAAAGUCCACAGGAAGUGCUACCUCACAGUGGAGGAACCUAAACACUACCACGAGGCCAACGAACACUGUAUUGCGCAAGGAGGUACUCUGGCAACACCGCGAGAUGUGAUGGAGAACAACGAGCUUCGAGACUAUGCCAAGAGGAGUUCCCCGGGCACCAAAGACUUCUGGAUCGGCGUGGCGGACAUCGUAAAAGAAGGCCAGUACGUCGACGUCAACAGUCAGCUGGUCAGUUACUUCAACUGGGACCGCUCCAAGAAACAGCCCACUGGAAACAAGCGGGAGAGCUGUGUGUCUCUUUCCGUGGCCGCGCUGGGCAAAUGGUACGAUGAGGUGUGUCGCAGUUUGAAAAAAUACAUUUGUGAAUAUAUUAUUCCAUAA